AGGCAUAUGAUGGCUCAGUCAGAUUUAGAUCUAAAAGAGACAGCUCUGAAAGAGGAUUUGAAGUUUUACUUCAUGAACCCAUGUGAAAAAUACAGAGCAAGAUGUCAAAUACCGUGGAAGCUGGCUUUGCAGAUUUUGAAGAUACUUAUGGUUACUACACAGCUUAUCUUUUUUGGUUUAAGUAACCAGUUGGUGGUUUCAUUCAAAGAGGAAAACACUAUUGCUUUUAAACACCUAUUCCUGAAAGGCUAUUCUGGAGUUGAUGAAGAUGACUACAGCUGCAGUAUAUAUACACAACAGGAUGCUUAUGAUAGCAUUUUUUAUGUUAUUAAUCAGUACAGCCAAUUAAAGAACAUAUCCUUGGGGGCGCUUGGUUAUGAACAUGAAGGAUCAGGUUUAAAAAUCUGUAAACAGCAGUACAAGAAAGGCACGAUGCUUCCUUCCAAUGAUACACUGAAUAUAGAUGUUUCUACUGAAACAGAAUGUAUCUUUUUUAAGCCACAGGAGCUAGCUGGUAAGAAGGCUGAACUGAAGCUGAACUCCUCUUUUUUCAAUCUUGAAUUUUACAGGCUUAUACAGGUUGAAAUCUCCUUCAAGCUGAAAGGCAUUGCUCUACAGACAAUCCAUGCCCGUGAAUUGCCUGACUGCUAUGCAUUUCAAAAUACUAUAACUUUCAAUAAUAGAGCCCACAGUGGAAAAAUCAAAAUCUAUUUUGAUAGUGACACUGACAUUCAAGAAUGUAAAGAUUGGCACAUAUUUGGCUCUGUUCUCCAGAAAAACACUCAGUAUAUUCUAGUCUUUGAUGGCUUUGUCAUUUUAAGUUGCUUUGCUUCUCUCAUCCUCUGCACACGAUCCAUUGUUCUUGCCUUGAGACUACAAAAAAGAUUUGUGAACUUCUUCUGGGAGAAAUAUAAGCGCCAUGUCUGUCAUGCUGAUCGCUUGGAAUUCAUAAAUGGAUGGUAUGUCCUGGUAAUUAUCAGUGAUGUGAUGACAAUCAUUGGGUCAAUCCUAAAAAUGGAAAUAAAAGCCAAGAACCUCACAAGUUAUGACGUCUGCAGCAUUUUACUUGGAACAUCAACUUUGUUUGUCUGGGUUGGAGUCAUCAGAUACCUGGGAUAUUUUCAAACCUACAAUGUGCUUAUUUUAACUAUGCAGGCAUCAUUGCCCAAAGUGCUAAGGUUUUGUUGUUGUGCUGGGAUGAUUUAUCUUGGAUACACUUUCUGUGGUUGGAUUGUCUUGGGACCCUAUCAUGAAAAAUUUGAAGAUCUGAACACAGUGGCUGAGUGUCUGUUUUCUUUGGUCAACGGUGAUGACAUGUUUGCAACAUUUGCUCAAAUCCAGCAGAAGAGCACACUGGUGUGGGUGUUCAGUCGGUUGUAUCUGUACUCCUUCAUUAGUCUGUUUAUAUACAUGAUCCUCAGCCUUUUUAUUGCACUCAUUACUGACUCAUAUGACACCAUAAAGAAAUACCAGCAAAGUGGCUUUCCAGUAACAGAUUUACAUGAAUUUCUAAAAGACCAUGGCAGUGUUGGUUACAGAAAAGAAGAGACUUCCAUGCCAUUCAUCUGCUGCUGUAGGAGACAACAGAGUGAUGACAACUUGAUACUUAUUAAUUGAUGAUUAUGCAUUGAAAUUCACCAUUAAUAUAUGCAAACAAAGCAUAGUUGUAUGGAGAAGAAUAAUUCUCCAAAUUGCAAUGAAACACACUAUCUGGACGUGCCUUGUUGUGAACAGACUAAUCUUACCUGAUUAAGGUGUUGGGGAAAGAAAAGCUGCAAAUGUGACAUCGGCUGGCUGACCAGAAGGAGGGCCCAGAAGCUGUAUCUGGAGGAGAGCUGCGAAGAACUCUGUAUUCUUGCCCCAAGUUCUGUCACGUUAAAGAAG